CGCGGAGAUGUGGCCCACCGUGGCGUGGUACCUGCUGUCCACGGUCGGCGGCUACCUGGUGACCUCGUUCCUGCUGCUCAAGUACCCGACGCUGCUGCACCCCAGGAAGAGGCAGCGCUUCCUCGGCAGGCACAUCUCCCACCGCGGGGGUGCUGGAGAAAAUUUGGAGAAUACCAUGGCAGCCUUUAAGCAUGCAGUUGCACUUGGAACUGAUAUGCUGGAGUUGGACUGCCACAUCACCAAAGAUGAGCAAGUUGUAGUAUCACAUGAUGAGAAUCUGAAGAGAUCAACUGGGGUCAAUGUGAACGUCUCUGAUCUCAAGUACUGUGAACUUCCAUCAUACCUUAGAACACUGGAUGUCACAUUUCAAAGAGCAUGCCAAUGUGAAGGAGAAGAUAACCAAAUUCCCUUACUGAAGGAUGUUUUUGAAGCUUUUCCGAACACUCCCAUUAACAUCGAUAUCAAAGUGAAUAACAGAGUGCUGAUCAAGAAGGUUUCAGAACUGGUGAAGCAGUACAAACGAGAACACAUAACAGUGUGGGGUAAUGCCAGUUAUGAAAUUGUAGAAAAGUGCUAUAAAGAGAAUUCAGAUAUUCCACUACUCUUCAGCCUACAGCGUGUUCUGCUUAUUCUUGGUCUGUUCUUCACUGGCCUCUUGCCAUUUGUGCCCAUUCGAGAGCAGUUUUUUGAAAUCCCAAUGCCUUCUAUAAUGUUGAAGCUGAAAGAACCACACACCAUAUCUAGAAUUCAGAAGUUUCUCAUCUGGCUUUCUGAUAUCUUACUGAUGAGAAAAGCUUUAUUUGACCAUCUCACUGCCCGGGGAAUUCAAGUGUAUAUUUGGGUAUUAAAUGAAGAACAGGAAUUCAAAAGAGCUUUUGAUUUGGGAGCAACUGGGGUCAUGACAGAUUAUCCAACAAAGCUUAAGGACUUUUUACAGAAGUUUUCCAGAUAGGAAAGGAAGUGCUCUCUAACAUCUGGGGAAAUAUGAAAGACCUAAGAAAAAAUGUUUUCACGCUCAUUUCCUGAAGCCAUCAUUUCCAGAAUGGUAAAAAUUUUAAUCAGUUAAGUUUCUAUUACCUCUUUUUAAAUCUGUCUGAGAAUGUAGAAAAUGUAUAAUGUGUAUUUAUUUAAAAUAACAUUGCAUAGAUUACAUUGUAAAUAGUUUAGAAGAUGCUGGUUAUGAGAUUUAAAUGAGUAGAAGAUUAUUGAUCAGAUUUUCUGAAUGAUACAAUAAUCUCCUAGGUAAUUCUGAAAACAAAGAUGAUUGGAUAAAUUUAGCACUAACCUUCACCAAAUAAGAUAAUUUAAUUAGUGAAAUAAUUAUUGAAGAUUAUUACAGUUAUUCUGAGUCUUGUCAUUUCAAGGCACAUCUUUUUAAGGGGAAAAUUAAGUUCAAGUGAAGGAAAUCUCAGGAAUCAGUGAUGUAGUUAUUUGACAAAUUGUAUGUUGUUCAUAGAAAUUAGAUUCAGAUAACUGAAAGUUUAUUCCUUGAUCAGAACUAAAAUGUGUAGUUUUAUUGUAUGUCAAACUAAAAUUUGUAGACUGAAUUAGAUUUGGGGGGGGGGUUAUUGUUAAUGUGGACAUAGUAUUUGGAAAUCUAUUCAGGCAUGUAACAAUGCUACACUUAGGAAAAAAAGCUAAAAUUGGAUUGUUUUAAAUUAAGAUCCAAGUAGCCAUAUUUUUUUAUGUUUUCUACAAAGAAAUAUAGCAUUUGCAUUUCAGGCCAAUGUCU